UUAAUAGAUAUUACUGGUACUGGGCUACGACAGACGUGAUCUACAGAGGCUAGCAUUUUAUUCGAAGGCGGAAGCGAAACCGAAACCAUCAACAUGUUGACCAGGUCCCUAGUAUCCAUUGCGCUAUGCGGUGUGUUGAUCGCGCCCCUACUGCACGGCGCCAAUGCUGCCCAGGAGGAGGACUCUGCCGGCAAGCAGGCAGAGAAACAGUUUGCCGUGGAGCUGGACCCGGCGACCUUCGACUCGACCAUUGCCGCCGGUAAUGUCUUCGUCAAGUUCUUUGCCCCAUGGUGCAGCCACUGCAAGCGCUUGCAACCGCUAUGGGAGCAAGUGGCCGAGAUCAUGAACGUGGACGAUCCCAAGGUGAUCAUCGCCAAGGUGGACUGUACCCAGCAUCAGGCUCUGUGCGGCGCCCACCAAGUCACCGGCUAUCCCACACUCCGUCUGUUUAAGCAGGGUGAAAAGGAGUCGAUCAAGUUCAAGGGCACUCGCGACCUGCCCGCCAUCACGGACUUUAUUAACCAGGAGCUGAGCACACCCGAUGAGGCCGACCUUGAGGUGGUCAAGCACGAGGAAACCGAGAACCCCAACGUGGGCAAGGUGGUGGACCUUACCGAGGACACCUUUGCCAAGCACGUCUCCCAGGGCAACCACUUUGUGAAGUUCUUCGCUCCCUGGUGCAGUCACUGCCAGCGCCUGGCUCCCACAUGGGAGGAACUGGCCAAGGAGCUUGUAACGGAGCCCGCCGUCACCAUCUCGAAGAUAGACUGCACUCAGUUUCGGUCCAUUUGCCAGGACUUUGAGGUGAAAGGCUAUCCCACCCUUCUGUGGAUCGAGGACGGCAAGAAGAUCGAAAAGUACUCCGGAGCCCGAGACCUAGCUACCCUAAAGAGCUACGUGGAUAAGAUGGUGGGUGUGCCGAGCCAGGGCAAGGCCACGGAGGAUAAGGAGGCCGGUGACGAAGACGAGAAGAAGCCGAUCGUCCAGCAGGUGACCGGCGAGGAGGAGUUCGAAAAGGCGAUCGCUGAGGGUAUCGCCUUCAUCAAGUUCUAUGCCCCGUGGUGCGGCCACUGCCAGAAGCUCCAGCCCACUUGGGAGCAGCUGGCCACAGAUGCGCAGCAGGCACAGUCUGACGUGAAGAUCGCCAAGGUCGACUGCACGGCGCCGGAGAACAAGCAGAUCUGCAUCGACCAGCAGGUGGAGGGCUAUCCCACUCUGUUCCUCUACAAGAAUGGAAAGCGGCAGAACGAGUACGAGGGCAGCCGCUCGCUUCCGGAGCUCCAGUCCUAUCUCAAGAAGUUCCUUGGCCACGACGAGCUUUAAGCGUGCAGCAGAAGGAUGAAAGAUGAUGAGGGAGAGGAGGAGGAGGAGGAGGAGCAGAAUCAGGAUCAACAGUCAAAGGAACAAUGUCACCCGCCAAACUAACUUUAAUCGUACUAUUUCCUCUCUAUGUUUGAGCCAGCAACCCAGCAGCAGGGAGAGCUGAUGCCUCCAUGAGGCACUCGCAUUUACCCAACAACCGCCCAAAAAACAAAAACCCCAAAACGAAACACUGCAUGACAGUCCACCGUGCUCGCAGGAUUCAAUAUCCUUCUUUUUUUUUGUUGAGUUUAAGUUAACUUCCAUGGGACACAGGACUUUGGGCGCGAAUGGCCAUCUAGCUUUUAUUUCCGAUUUUAACAUUUAUUUGUGGUCCGGCGACCACUCCUAGGUCAUUUUUAGGGAAAAUUGUCAACAAAUUAACAACAAAAAUAAACAAAAUCUGUCGGAAAUUGUAA